AUGGAAUCCAAGGAUCAUGGUAAGGGUACUCCACCACGUAUUAGCCACCCCUCACAAGGGAAUGCUACAAGCUCGGAGAAGAAGGGAGGAUCAGGAAACAAAAAGAACAAAGACAAGGAGAAGGCAGGAGGUAAAUCUCCAACUGAUGACAGAUUUGGAAAGGGGAACUCUAGUCAGAACAAAAGCACCCCUGACCCUGGGAUUAACAUCCUUAGAAAGAUUGACUUUAAUCCAAAGCAAGGCGAGAAGCAAUCUGUGCCAGAAAAUGCAACCUCGGCAAGGACAUCAAGCAACAAUGUGAAUUCCAAGUCGGAAGAGACGACUAUUGCUGUCGAUAUAGCCGGAUAA